UACAGUAGUAUCAGCGAUAUUCCACUAUGUGCGCAAUGCUGUCAAUUUACAAUUAUUGCAAUCAAUUGUAUUUCAUUACGUCAGUGUUAGUUAUAUUACUUCAAAUAUCUCUCUGUGAAAAUUGUAACAAUUUCUACAAUAUUUCCCUGAUGCUGACCACAAGAAUAAACAAUGGACCGCCGCAUGUUUUCGAGAUUCCAUCAUAUACAGGAUGUAAUGUACCGAAAGAAUACAUCAAUACCACGGAGGAGAUCAUUGUUUUGGAUCAAGAAAUAAAAACGAUAGGUACUAGAUCUAUCUAUGGCAUAGACAAAUUGAAGAAGUUAUUAUUUUUUGGAUGUGACAUAAUAACGGUCUCGCCAGGAGCUUUUCAAGAUAAUCCUAACCUUCGAAUACUCCACAUAAAAAAUGGCAACUUAAAGACAAUAAACGCUGGAGUGUUCAACAUAAUUCCAUCUCUACAACAAUUGAAUUUCAGAGAAAACGAAAUAAACAUGAUUUCCGAUCUUGCUUUCUCUAAUUUACCAUCCUUGAAGGAAUUAGUCUUGGCCAACAACGAUUUAAACGUAAUCAACAACACUUGGUUCGAGAAUAGUACCAACAUAGAAAUUCUAGAUUUAAGGAACAACAAUUUGAAGAGAGUUGACAGGGUGUCGCUUUCAAAAACACCACGACUGAAGGAGAUUCUUUUGGACUUCAACGAUAUUGAAGUCGUCGAGGAAGACGCUUUUGCUAAUUUCAAGGAAUUGAAACAUCUGGGAUUGAGCCAUAACAGACUAAGUCAAAUCGAUGCGAACAUUUUUCAAAAUGGUAUUUUAGCAAAGAAGGUUUCGCUCAACGUAAAUUUGCUCAAUUACCUAUCGGUAGAAUUUUUGAAAAUGUUGAGAGUUGAUGAAAUUUCAUUGAAUGGUAAUCCUUGGAAUUGUCUUUGUUUGAACAGGAUACAUGACUGGUUGAAUGGAGUUAAUGGUACAUUGAUAACCGAUGAACUUUGUUCCAGAUAUGAUAUUCCACACUGUGUUUAUCCUGAAGAACCAUCUUCACAUUGCGUAGAAAGAGUUGAUGAAGAUUUAACAGAUGACUACAUAAAAACUCUCAAAGCUCUUGUUCCCAAUGUGGAUGACUCAUGUGCCAGAUUGGAUUAAUUAAUUCAUGUAGGCUAAUUUAAUUAUUGAUAUAUUGACAAAAAAUGUCAAAUGUACCUUCAACGAAAUAUAUUUGAAUGAUUCAGUCUU